GGGGAUGGGGAGGCGGCGCGGAAACUUGGCCGCGGCUUUCCGGGAGCUGUGGUCCGAGAGUGGGUGGCGCAGGAGGGGUCACUCCCCAGGGCGGACCGGACGACCCGCCUCGCCGAGCUCGCUGUGUCCCUCCCGCCCCCGGGCUCGCGCGCUCUGAAGGGGCGCGCCCGUCACCGCCCACCCCGCUCCCCGCGGCAGCCCCUCCCUCCCCGACGGCCGGCGGCGGCGGCGGCCCGGAGAGGCCCCUCCUUCACGCCCUCCUGCUCUCCCUCGCUCGCCGCCGAACGGAGCCGGCAGACGCGCCUGGGCCCCCAAGCCUUCCCGGGCCAUGGCCGGCAACGUGAAAAAGAGCUCCGGGGCCGGGGGCGGCGGCGGCUCCGGGGGCUCGGGCCCGGGAGGCCUGAUCGGGCUCAUGAAGGACGCCUUCCAGCCGCACCACCACCACCACCACCACCUCAGCCCGCACCCGCCGGGGGCCGUAGACAAGAAGAUGGUGGAGAAGUGCUGGAAGCUCAUGGACAAGGUGGUACGGUUGUGUCAGAACCCAAAGCUGGCGCUAAAAAACAGCCCACCUUAUAUCUUAGACCUGCUACCUGAUUCCUACCAGCAUCUCCGGACUGUCUUGUCAAGAUAUGAGGGGAAGAUGGAGACACUUGGAGAAAAUGAGUAUUUUAGGGUGUUCAUGGAGAAUUUGAUGAAGAAAACUAAGCAGACUAUAAGCCUCUUCAAAGAGGGGAAAGAAAGAAUGUAUGAAGAGAAUUCUCAGCCUAGGCGAAACUUAACCAAACUGUCCCUGAUCUUUAGCCACAUGCUGGCAGAACUAAAAGGAAUCUUUCCAAGUGGACUCUUCCAAGGAGACACAUUUCGGAUUACUAAAGCAGAUGCUGCAGAAUUUUGGAGGAAAGCUUUUGGGGAAAAGACAAUAGUCCCUUGGAAGAGCUUCCGACAGGCUCUGCACGAAGUGCAUCCCAUCAGUUCUGGGCUGGAGGCCAUGGCUCUGAAAUCCACUAUUGACCUGACCUGCAAUGAUUACAUUUCAGUGUUUGAAUUCGACAUUUUCACACGACUCUUUCAGCCCUGGUCUUCUUUACUCAGGAACUGGAACAGUCUUGCUGUAACUCAUCCUGGUUACAUGGCUUUCCUGACAUAUGAUGAAGUGAAAGCGCGGCUCCAGAAAUUCAUUCACAAACCUGGCAGUUACAUUUUCCGGCUGAGUUGUACUCGUCUGGGUCAGUGGGCUAUUGGGUACGUCACUGCUGAUGGGAACAUUCUGCAGACAAUCCCUCACAACAAACCUCUCUUCCAAGCACUGAUUGAUGGCUUCAGGGAAGGCUUUUAUUUGUUUCCUGAUGGACGGAAUCAGAAUCCCGACCUGACAGGCUUAUGUGAACCAACUCCUCAAGACCACAUCAAAGUGACCCAGGAACAAUAUGAAUUAUACUGUGAGAUGGGCUCCACAUUCCAGCUGUGUAAAAUAUGUGCUGAAAAUGACAAGGAUGUAAAGAUUGAGCCCUGUGGGCACCUCAUGUGCACAUCCUGUCUUACCUCUUGGCAGGAAUCAGAAGGCCAGGGCUGUCCUUUCUGCCGAUGUGAAAUUAAAGGUACUGAGCCCAUUGUGGUAGAUCCAUUUGAUCCUAGAGGGAGCGGCAGCCUUUUGAGGCAAGGAGCAGAGGGAGCUCCCUCCCCAAAUUAUGAUGAUGAUGAUGAUGAGCGAGCUGAUGAUUCUCUCUUCAUGAUGAAGGAAUUGGCUGGUGCUAAGGUGGAACGGCCUCCCUCUCCAUUCUCAAUGGCUCCACAAGCUUCCCUUCCCCCAGUACCACCACGACUUGACCUUCUGCAGCAGCGAGCACCUAUUCCUUCAAGUGCUUCUGGUCUUGGAACGGCUUCCAAGGCUGCUUCUGGCUCCCUUCAUAAGGACAAACCAUUGCCAAUACCUCCCACGCUCCGAGAUCUUCCGCCACCCCCCCCUCCGGAUCGGCCAUAUUCUGUUGGAGCAGAAACCCGGCCCCAGAGACGCCCCUUGCCUUGUACACCAGGCGACUGUCCAUCCAGGGACAAAUUGCCCCCUGUCCCCUCUAGCCGCCUUGGGGAAUCAUGGCUGCCUCGGCCAAUUCCCAAAGUACCAGCAGUUGCCCCAAACCCUAGUGACCCCUGGACAGGGAGAGAAUUAACCAACCGGCACUCACUUCCGUUUUCAUUGCCCUCACAAAUGGAACCCAGAACAGAUGUGCCUAGGCUUGGGAGCGCGUACAGUGUGGAUACCUCUAUGAAUAUGAAUAACAGCCCGUUGGCAGGUCCAGAGUGUGAGCACCCCAAAAUCAAACCUUCUGCAUCUGCGAGUGCCAUUUACUCUCUGGCUGCCAGGCCUCUUCCCAUGCCAAAGCUGCCACCUGGGGAGCAGUGUGAAGGUGAGGAGGACUCCGAGUACAUGACUCCCUCCUCCAGGCCUCUAGGACUUCAAAAGCCAGAUGUGAGACGGCCUCUGGAGACAGCCCCCAGUUCCCGAGCAUGUGACUGUGACCAGCAGAUUGACAGCUGUACGUACGAAGCAAUGUGUAAUAUUCAGUCCCAGGCGGUGCCAGUGGUCACGGAAGGCAGCACCUCUGGUGAAGGGAACCCGGCCGCGGCCCACGCCAGCACAGGCCCUGAGGGGUCCGAGGAGGAGGAGGAUGGCGGCUACGAUGUCCCCAAGCCCCCUGUGCCAGCUGUGCUGGCCCGCCGGACCCUCUCAGACAUCUCUAACGCCAGCUCCUCCUUCGGGUGGUUGUCCCUGGAAGGUGACGCUACAGCAAACUUCACUGAGGGUUCCCAAGUUCCUGAGAGGCCUCCCAAACCAUUCCCUCGGAGAAUCAACUCUGAACGAAAAGCAGGGAGCUGCCAGCAAGGUGCUGCUGCCUCACCACAGCUCUCCAGCGAGAUCGAGAGCCUCCUGAGUCAGGGGUACUCCUAUCAGGACAUCCAGAAAGCUUUGGUCAUUGCCCACAACAACAUUGAAAUGGCCAAAAAUAUCCUCCGGGAAUUUGUUUCUAUCUCUUCUCCUGCCCAUGUAGCCACCUAGCAGAGUGCCUCCUCCGCAGCGUGAGGACUGGAGCGCCAGGAGCGCCCAUGCGGGUAGCACGUGGAGGAGCAGAGGCUCCGUUGGGGGCCUCCCAAUGACGUCUUGCCCUGUCUAUGGGAUAUCACACCUGUGGUUCCAAGAUUUCAGAGCAGUGGCAUGGAAAUGGAGCAGCUAGUAGGUUUUAUUAUCUGACCUGUUCUGAGAGUGCAUUUGAGAGUGUCCUGCAGCCCCCACUUUGAGUGGGUUUUUACUAAAUGGUAGCCUGCCUGGGGAGCAGUCCAGAAAGCAGGAGAAAUACUGUGCUGUAAAUCCGAAUCGAGGACUUUAGACUUGCCCUGGGUUAAGGAUGUGGUUGUGUGUGUGUGUGUGUGGUUGUGUGUGUGUGUGGUUGUGUGUAUCUUGUGAUUAUAAAAUUAACCUGCUGUCUGUGUUAAUCCUAGACAUGGAAUUAGCACAAGAGGUUUAGGAAGGAGUCUUUUAAAGACUUCCAUCUACUGUGGUAUUACACCCAACUUCAACACUCCCCUUUCGAUUGGACUGUCACGUGCAUAGCUGAAGUCGUGUAUUUUUAGAACACCCUCCCUCUGUCCUUCCUCCUCUCUCCUCCUCCUCAGUGUCUGUCACUGGCAGUGGGCUUGCUGUGACCAGCCUUCCUGGAGCCAAGUGUUAUUUGCUUCUUUAGGCUGUUCUUUAUUCUGUGUGGUGGAGUUGGUUUGUUGGUAGGUAGGUGGGGAAAAGUACUGUUGCUCUAUUAUUAUGGUCUUGUUUGAUAAUAGUGGCUAACACUGGCCACUCCAAAGCACUGUUUCUGUAGGAGCAUCGGAUCUGUUGAAGGAAGAUGUCUUGAUCAUCCUAAUUACAUGACGACUGGCUUGCGAUAGAGGCCUUCAGAUACAUUCCACACCCUCCCCAGAAAACAGUCUGCGGGAGUCAGUUGCGCAGGAGUCAGGUGUAUGUUCCGAUGUCAGUCGUGAGUUUUUCUAACUAAUAGGAAAGGAAUAAAAUUUGUUAGCAGCAUGGCUUUCUGGCCCAAAUACCAUGAAGCUUCAUUCACAUGUUUUCUACAUUGUUAUACAUAAAAUGCACAAAAUAGACAAUAGGGAUUUAUCUAGUCAGUUUUCUUCCCAGUGAAUUAAUUCCAACUUAUAUGGGUGCCUGCCUCCCUUUGAACAUGAGCCAGGUUAUAUUUUCAUUAAUGUUUUUUUCUUUGCCCUUUAAGAGAUGGGGCUGCCACUCAUGGUAGCCUGACAUUUUGCUGAUAAUUAGUACCUGUCUGCGUCGUCGGGGCCAUCUGCUGACGUGGUGUUCUCUUGUGCCUAUGGUUUGGGGAAUGUAGCAUCUCCUCCCCUUUCCUCUUCCCCUGAGGUCCUGUAUGCUCUUUCAUGCCUGUGUUCUCCAUCAUCUGGUGUAAUGAAUGACGUCCCUGUAGGCAGAGGCAGUGUGUCCGUGUGAUUUCAGGCUCGUGAAGAAGGUGCACCGUCCAGGGUGGAGCACUAGUGUGGCUCCUGUACACACUGCCGAAGGACCCCGUGGGGUAGCUGGGCUCUCUGCCUGGAGCCUUUUGCUGACCGCCCUAGCAGGGUGAAACCCUCCUUGUCAGAGGCAAAGCUGCUCUUUGAUAGAUCUCCCCUCCUCAGAAUCUAAAUCAUGUUUUUGUCUGUAGAUACAGACAGAAAGGACUCUCCUUAGGUCUGUUCUCUUUCCUGUCUUGUCAUCUUUGGAACUAAAACUUUCCAGCUCUGCUCGUGGCUUUCAGCUCUUCUGCAUCCUUUGGUUUUAUCAUCUUGCCAUUUACAUUCUCAUUGAUUCGCCAUGAUCACCCCGUGUGUCAUGAUGACCCUGUGUGUCAGAGAACCGUGCAGCCACUGUCAGGUGCAGCAGAGGGCCUGAGCGGGUCAGCGAGUUGGGGAGGGGGCCGGGGCAGGGGCAGUGGCGGAGCAUGGGAACCGGGAACCCAGAUCUCCUACAAGCCAGCCUAGCGUUUCUUUUCCUUUGUGGUAGCAUGCAGUUUUCCUUUUGUCAGAGGCCUAGACAAAGCUAGAAAAGAGGGCGGCAGCUUCCUUGUGUGCACAUAGCUGCCCAUCACCAAGAGAACAAAGCACUGGUUCUGUGCCUCUCGUCUGGCCUUCCGUUGCCCUUCCGUUGCCCUUAAGAUCCUCUUUGGAGAUUAUGUCCUUUACAUAGGUGAAGGGCAAGUUCAUCCUUUCUUUUCCUGGCUAAGUACCAGGAUCAGCCCGGACACUGGGAUGCCGGAUGCCUGUGUGGAACACGUGCACCGUUGAUCGGCUUGGUCCUAGCUCGGCCGCUGUGUGUGUCCACUUGAAAGCUUUUGACCAGUCUUUGAGGGCUUUUUUCUUUGACUUAGAUCCUGACAGAAAUGACUCUCCUCAGGCCUGUUUUCUUUGCUUUCUUGUUAUUGUUGGAACUAAAGCUUUUUCUAAGACAUGACUGGGUCCAUACUCAAGAUUCCCAGGUGAGCCUCAGGCACGCUCCACUUGGCUGUUUGGAGGAUAUUUCCCCAACUUUUAUUUCUGAAAAUUCCCUCUGACCAAGGCACCAACUACCCGUUCUUCAUCCUCUGUCUCUGUGGCAGUGUUCGGUUCUUUGGCUUCGCUCUGAAUUUAACUAAAAUUGCCCUUUCACAAAAGGACUUUAUUUUGAGUUUUGCCAUUUUUGGCAAACCCAUUUCCUUUUUCCCUACUAAUUACAAAUGGUUUUUUCUCUGUUAACUAUCAGAUGGGUAGGGUGAAAACCACUUUGCUGUUUUCCUUUUUCUCCGAUGCCUUGGGCUAUUCUACUCAACCCAGUCUCCAUCUCUUGCUUUCCCUGUGUCUUCUUGGCUUGCUGUACAAAGCUUGCCCCGUUGCUGGGUGGCUGCUUCGCAGUACGUCAUCAGCUGCCGCUGCCAUACACCUUCCACUAAAAUAGAGGGGGUUCUCAAAGUGGGAAAACCCCGUGGGCUCUGUGACCCACUUCCUUCAGGUAAAUAUCAGAUCGGACAGUUUGUCAUCUCAGCAUGUAUCUGUCAGUAUCCAUGUAGACAGUGGUCUGGGCCUGUGCAUGGCCGUUCUCUUCCCCUCGCCGCCCCCCUCUGCUCACUGGUCUCUUCUGUUCUGCUCGCUCCCUCCCCACACACGCACCACCAGGCCCGGGUGGGAGGAGACUGCUAGUGUCAUAUAGCUGUGCCGGUGAGUUUUAAAAAAUUUUGGAAGGUGGUGGCAGGGAGAGAGGGUCGCUAUUCUUCAUCUUAAAGUGUUUAUUUCCUCUAUAGAAAAGCAAAAUAUAUUUUAUGGCCCAAACGGCAAACUUACAAGUGAAUGUUUGUAAAUUUCCUUGCAAAGUAGGGACCAGGUAUCUGUUCCCUUUAAGGCACCAUUAACAGGACCUAGACCUUCUUGUGGGCGAUUGGCCAUGGUGUCGAUGCAGAGUAUUUCCUACCUCACUUCGUAACUGUCAGGGUUGUAGACUUUCUUCCCCAGCUGUUUGUGAGUCUCCCUUCUUGCCGCUGGCCUGACGGCAGUGACCACUGCCCCAGAGCGGCAGUACUCCGACCAUUGGCUGGUGGUGUGACAGUUCAUAUGUUCAUUCAGCACAUGUCCGUGAGUGACUACCCUGUGCGGGAAAUGUCAGCUCUGUGUUCUCCCUUGCUGUCCCGUGGUGAUUGACUGACGCUGGGGGAUUGUUCUCGGGCAGCCCAGCACUUGCAUUUGGCCCUACAAUAGCCCUUCCCAAUAAGAUUAUGCAGUUUUACUCACAGCUCUUUUAUGUAGAAGUAUUAUUUCCUUAUAGAGCUGUCCUGGGUAAAAUCAAUUCAAGACUCUCCCAUUAACCCCUUGGUCUUCCUGUAGCUUUGAUAAUGUCUGAUUCCUCAGUAUAAAUCUCAUGGAUACCCACCGCUUUUAUGUAUUUCAGUGGUACCUGUUUGGUGGGUUGAGGGGUAUGUUGGCUCGGAGCUGCACACAGGGCAGUUAAAUGUUUGAGCAGAGCACCCGCCCACAGCCUCUCCAGCCCAGUGCCUUCCUUGGUCUUUCUCCUGAGCUGCUUGUGUCCCUGGUCCCCCUGGUUGGGAAGUUUCCUUGUUACCCUUCUGGGACCUGUCACCAUUUCGCGUUCUGCUUGGAACUUGUUUUCCAACCCUCCAAUAGCUAACCCUGUGUGUCUUAGAAGGACUGAAGAUGUAGAGGAGGGGUGGACGCCUGUCUUUGGGUCCCGAUCUUUAACCGGUUGUUUUGUCUCUUAAGAGCUGGGCAGGAAAAUAGGUGAACUCAGUCAGUUCUCCAAAUUGCCGCCUUUCCCUCCCAGGGUAGGAAGCAUGGAGAGCUUAGAGACCCGAGAACUUAGCAUCACAAUCAGCAGCCCAUCACGCCUAGACUUUCAGGCUUUAGAAAUGCAAUCUGAAGUACUCUAUAACGCUGGGUAAAGCUUCGGCCAUCACCACUUUGAUCUCAGUCUUCCUUGGCAGUCUUUCUUUAGAAAUGCAUAUAGCCAUUAAAGCAUGGAGGAGGGUGCAUAGCAGAAGAAAGUCAAGGUGUGUGUCUUUUGACUGUUCUCUGUAAGAAUCCUUUGGGUGCAAGAAACAGAAAUAUUCAAGCUAAAGAAAGGUGUCAAAGGGUAUUUCACAGAACCCAGCACAAGAAGUACAGUCGCCUCGGAGCUGGACCUAUAAACCGCGGCACCUAGUGCUUGCUCCUUGCUUGUCAGUCUGUUUGUUGGCGUGCACGUACCCAAAAUAGGCGUCCCAAGUCCGCACAGCCUCUCAGGUCCGGGGAUCACCAUUAACAGAUCCCCAGUGCUUCUGGGUUGUCAUGUGCUACAGAAAGAAUGGGAUCAGCCCAGCACACUGGUGGGCGUCUACCCCUGGUCAGGCAGCCUUGCCCCACAGGGCAACAGUGGCAUGCUUCUGCAGGUCAUUGAUGGCUCUCGAGAAGAGGAUGGGGAUGGGCUAGGUACCCUGAAAACACUUUGUAGUAAAGCUGUUGCACUGCUCUUUUGAGAGUGGAAGGGCGGGCAUGGGACUGUACACGGGCCAGUGAGGAAAUUCUUAGGUUGAACUUAAUUUGGGUUGCUACUGUUGUUUCUCCAUUUCCUAUUUUGAUUUCCCUUAUCAGUCUUGGCAUCCAAGAUUUUUUACCUCCCUCUUGAGGACCAGUUUCUCCUGUUCCGGAGCUAGUCUGUCCUUAGGUGACACUUCUCAGCCUUUAUCCAGUCUCAGGUUUUUAGCCACCUUUCAUAUUAUUUAGGGAGCAGAUCGCAAAUCCCAGUGUAGCCACCCAUGGACUUCUGGGCGCUCUUCAGGUUUUAGCACUGAAAAAAAUAUUCAUCAGUGGGCCUGUGGCCUGUGUCCCUCUCCGCCCUCCUGCUCACCCUCUCCUUCGGCCUUUCAUGAGGGGGGCUCCGGAGUAACACCCUUGUAGGAGAGCCUCUCAGGUGCCUCAGACCUACUCUGCUGUAACCAGUAAGAAUAUAUAAUAGUUGGGACAGUUGCCAGGAUAUAAAUUAAAUAUAGAUUCAAGUUGAGAAUAGUUUUUACUGAGAGCUUUUUAGACAGGAUACCUCUGUCGUCCCUGUCCGAUUGCUGUGUUGUCCUAUAUUAAAGCCUUUAUUUUUUUAUUUUUUUUAAACUGCUUCUGCUUGCCUGAGACUUUUGAUCUUACUUAUCUCAUCCUAGAGCCUGUCCUGUGUUGUUGAGGCAUUUCAUAAUUCGCUACAACCUUUUUAAACUACUGGAGUUGUUUGGUGUGCACAGGAGUAACCUAGACCCAAAGAUGGGCUUUGCGGCUCACGGUGGGUGCAGGGUGAGGUCGUCACACUUGGCAUUUGCUGUCCCAGUCUGGGCUCCAGGUUUGAGGAGCAGCAGGGCAGCAGUUGCCACGUGCCUUUCCAGUGUCCUGGGAAGCCUGGGUUGGCUUCAAAGGGGUGUGCCAGUGUGUUUUGGGUCAAAAGUAGGACGAGAGUAAGAGGUGGGGAAUAGGGCUGGGAGAGCAUGCCCUGCGUGGAGGCUCCUUCACAUUCAGACGGCAAGCACCCUGCCGAGGGCCAGCUGUUGACUAACAGAGGAACUGUUUGGAGCUCCCCUGCCUCUACCCUUGUGUAAGGCUGGAGAAAAAGGUGGCUAACCACUCCCUCUGUUUGUACGCAAGCUCAGAUCUCCUGAUUUUGCCACCAAACAAAUCAGAUUCCCAAUUGCCUCGCCCUGUAUUCUUUAUUCAAUCCCAAAAAUGAAUAUAAGGGGUGCCCUCCACAUUGCCUCUCACAUGCUUUCCUUCCGCCCCUGAACCAGACGGGGAGGCCAGAGAGGAUUUCUCAGUCAUGCUAUGUGCACCUCCUCAGGCCUUGCACCAACUCCAGGCUCGGGCCCUGACGUGGGGUGUGCUGUGCGCCUGAGCCUGGCACUCCUGUGUGUCCUGUGUCAGUUCCCCCCUCCCUCCCUCCCUCCCUCUGACCCUGUUACGGUUGAGCGUCACCAGGCUUACGGCUGUCUUGAAGCUGAAGAGGCAGAGAACUACCUAAGAAUCUGUAAAACCAAGUUUCUCCCUCCUUGGCUUCCUCCUGCUGUCCGGUGAGUAAGCCUGCAGGCGCCCUGCCCCUGAGAGCGGAAGCCCCUGAGCUGCCCUCCUCAGCGUGGCUGUAGUGUCUGGGCCUUGACCUCCUGCUGAAACAUGCGGCAGGGGCAUGGCAGCUAUGAGGUACCUCCUACAUCUGCUUUCUGGCUAUGGUGACUUGGGAUUUUUAACCUUAUAUAUCUAUUUCCUUUAUUCAAAACAAAACAAUUUUUAGCACACUGAAAAAAAAAAAAGCUAAACAUUUUGUGCCUUUCUAAGGCAGCACUGUAUCCCAGGCUGCAUUUUAGGACUUAAUAUGGAAAUACCACCAGUCUUAGCUCCUCUACCUUGAGUGUCAUUCAUUAGUCCUUACAGUCCAGGGGCGAGGACGAAGUGCCCUGUGCGGCUGGAGAGGUGGCCCGUGGGGGUGGCACGUCAGCGGUCCCUCCUCCCUGCCGUGAUGCUUGGUCGGAAGAAACAAGCAUUGUACCCUGGGAUUUGGUUGGUUCCUUUCAGGUUGAAUGUCCUGUCUCUAGCAAGAUGAGACAGAAUGUUCCAUGGUUUCCAGGUACACUGUGGACCACUCCAAGUGUCCCAGCCUCCUCCUAUUAAUGACCCAGCUGCAUGGAACGGCGUAGGAUGGACUCCCCUGAAAGGGAGUUGGUUUUUGUCUUUUCUUCUCGCUGGAUCCUGAACUGGCCCCGACCUCCUGCCUCUCCUUCAGACUCGGCUUCCCAUUCAUUUGGAGACGUCAGUCUCAGAGCAUUAAGCACCUAUAGUGCCCCCUUCAGGGUCUGGUUUCCCCUGGAAAGGCAACAAGGACCGCGUGCCAGAAGCCUGUCCUCAGUAUUGUGGCCAGUUUAGGUUUUUGGCUAAAAAAAAAAAACGUGUUCUAUGUAAUGACAUUUUACUUAUCUCUUUUCCCUUUUCUCGGUUCUUCCCUGCUUUUAACUAAUAAAGAAUUGGGAGGUAGGAACAGUUCUUUUUAAAGCCCUCCUUAUUUAGGAUUUUGACAUUCUUGUCCUGGGUGGGGCUGGAGAGAACUUGAUGCUCUCUCCAGAAUGAAGAGUCCCAAUUUGUAUAUCAGUGUUAAACAUAAAACAAAAACCUAGAUGAGAUUUUUGUGGACUAUUUUAAAAAUGUGUCAUUAAUAUAAAAAAAAUUUAUAUUAGCAGUAUUUAAUCAUUCUCACCUGUAAAGAAUAAGAAAAACAGAAGGUAAAUAUUCUUACAGAGAAUAGCAGAGCUUUAAGAUUCAUUUUCAUUUUAAGUCCAUUUUGUUUUGCCAAUGUAUUAAUGUUUAGAAGUCUGUUAUACUAAUGUUAUUUAUUAAUUUUUUUCAUUUCCAUACACAAUUAACUAAAGAGCUUUUUCAAGCACCCAUGUCCGUAAAAAAAUAUUUUUAAAUAAAGUUUCUUUUGAUGUAGCA